AGGGGGAUUGUGCAGAGCAUGGAGAUGUCUGAGGACAUGACGGACCGAGUGUCGUUCACUCAGACUAACCCGCUGUUUGACAUGUCUCUGAGCAGGAAUGAUCUCUACAGCUUUCAGCCUGACGAUCUGAAGCCGGCCAGGUCCAGGAGACCGUGGUGCUUCUACUUCAUUGUUUUUUACCUCAUCCUGCAGACCAUCCUCAAUGCAGUCCUCUUUUAUAAAGUGUUCAAGUUGGAGUCUUUCCAGUCAGACCCUCAGUCAGCAAAACAGAUGUCCAAUCACAUUCCUGUAGACGGAGAUCUAGGCAACAACUUCCAGACUCUUCUUCAAAACAACAGCCAAGAAACAAAGAACCUGAGGAGUCGUCUGUGGGCGCUGCAGAGCCAGGUUGAUGACCUGUGCGGGGCGGAUGGUCAGAUUCACCGACUGACAUCUGACAUGAAGCUGCUCAACACCAGCACUCAAAAACUGGACGGGAAACUGACCAGCAUCAGCCUCAAAGCAGGUCCUCCUGGUCCAGCCGGGGCCCAGGGGUCUCCAGGACAGAAGGGGCCUAAAGGUGAUGGGGGUACUGUUGGCCCAAAAGGAGACCUGGGACCCAAAGGAGAGAAAGGAGACGCCGGCCAGCCUGGACCCACUGGACCUCCUGGACCACCCGGAAACCAAGGACCAGGUGCAAAGGGAGAAAAAGGAGACCCGGGGCCCCAAGGUCCCCGUGGAGAGAAGGGUGACACUGGGGAUGCAGGAAGUUCAGGAACACCGGGUGUUCCUGGGCCCAAGGGAGAAAAGGGAGACAGAGGAAGUGACGGUCAACAAGGACCUCCAGGUCUGAUUGGACCUCCUGGUUUCAACGGGACUGAUGGUCCUCCUGGACCCCCGGGACCUAAAGGAGAAAAUGUGGUCAACUUGAAUGUGCGUCUCGUGCCGGCGGGGAGCCGAGGCCGUGUGGAGGUGAAGUACAACGGCAUGUGGGGCACAGUUUGUGAUGACGGCUUUGACACCGUGGACGGCAAAGUGAUCUGUAGGAUGCUUGGCUUCCAGUAUGCCACUUCUACCUUCACUGCUACCCCAGGCACCGGGAAGAUCUGGCUGGACGACCUGGCCUGUGUAGGAACAGAAGGGGACAUCUUUGACUGUCCUCACUCUGGAAUCGGUGUUAACAACUGCCAACACUCGGAGGACGCUGGAGUGAGCUGUGCUUAAGCUGACACCAUCCUGAAGACACAGAAGAAAGAUGUUUCUGCUGGUCUUCACUGUUCACUUUGAUAAACAUGCAGAUAAAAGACUGACAGGAAGAGACCAUGCUCUGUGACGUCACACUCAUAAUGGGAAACAUCAUGUCUGCUAUAAUCCAGGUCAAUAAAACCAGAAACAAAGGACUUUAAAAUCAGGCUCAUAUACAAUACUCUGCACAACUUUUAGGCAUGUUUGGGCUAAAAACUGAGGAUGAAGUAAGGUUUGUGAUCAGCAAGGUCAUCUGAGGGCACGAUAUGGCAGGAAGGAGGAUUGACACAACCCUGGUAGUGCUCUGGAUGUCCUUGCAUGUUACCAAGGGCAUCUGUUGGAAAGAUAACAAAGUCAACAAUAUAAGGGGGGAGUAAGGGAUGAAUGUGGUGAUAAAGCACGGCCUCGGGUUCCAUACAGGUGGGUUUCCAUGUGCUCCUUGUCAUGCUGUGGAUGUCCCACUGGCCUGAAGUCCACUGAAUAGAAUAGAAUAGAGUCGUCUUUAUUGCCAUUGUACAAUGAAAUUGAGUGCAAUCCUUGUGGUGCCAUGACAGUCAAUCAGAGCCACAAAAACAAUGAAUGUGCAAAAUAGAUAAAACCAUAUUUAAAUCCAUAAUAGAAGAUCUGAAACAAUACAAAAGUGUCUAAGGAGAAAAUAAAAGCACAUAACAACCACCCAUACAGGAAAUCUCACAUCACAUUCUGCAGUCCUUAUUGCACUAAUUCUCUUUAAAGUUCAAAAUCAGUUCAUCAGGUCUGAGCAGCAUUCAGUGUGGUGAUGGCUUUGUUUUACUGGGGUUCUCGGGGCAUUUGACCAGGGGUUAUAAAAGAAAUGCUGUUGAGCUUGAACUUGACUUCCAGGCGACACAUGUGUGCUUGUAGACAGCUUGACCUUGGCAGUCCUGCUAGCCCUCCAGCCCCAGUCUGUGGCAGAUCAGGCCCUAUGAAGAAUCCUUAUUGCCCUACAUGCCUAAAACUUCUGCACGUGACUUUGAAUGUCAGGAAACCCUAUUACGGUCACGUAUCAUCCUCCACAGUGUCUGUUUUCCUCCCAUUUUCAUCCGUUUACAGUGGCAUCAGUGCAGACCCUCUACAGUACAACAUGAUAACAUUUAAGCUUCCCACUUUGAGUAUGACGUCACAGAAACAUGGCUGCUAAGGGAUAAAUGCUGUAGCAUAUAAAUCAUUGACACACCAGGCUGCAGGGAAGAAAACAGCGCUGAUACCAAUCAUGCCCACAGCUGGAUGUCAUCACAUUUUUAUAAAUGAGUAUGAAAUUCUCCUUAUUGCUGAACACAUUAGCUUAAAUGAUGGCCUCAUGUAAACAGAAUCAUGCUGAUUUAACUUUUCUGCUAUAAAACUCUGCACUCUUUCACAAACGGACAGAGCUGAAACUGUCUGCCUCUUUAGUUCAAAUCAUCAUCUGCCACUCAGUCUUCAUCAAUCCUACUCCUCCUCCUCCUCCCAUGCUCGGCCGCUCUCCCCCUCAGCGACAUGCCAUCACCUUCUGUCCAUCGCUCACCACCAUACACCGCUCUGCAGAGGUCAGCAGAGAUGAAGAGGUCAUUUUGAAGGGCUGGAGUAGAGAUGAGGAAAUGUUUCUGACACAGCUGGCACAUCACGUUUUAUCUGACGCCUGCAGGAGGAAGACCGUAGAUCAGAGGAGGAGGAGGGAGAAGAGCUGUCCCCAUCUCUGUUCUUCUGUUUGAUGCUAAAUAGAACGCAUGCCAGGAUGGCCUGCUGCUGUCCUCCAUGUUUGAUUUUCUACUUAAGUAACAUCUGAUCAUGGAACUUAGAGAUUGAAGCUACAGCAGGGAGACUACCUGUAAAUCAAUGCUUCUUACAUUAAGCUUAAAUGACGGCCUAGGCAUGUGAUUAAUCAGAAUUAACCUUCCACAGAGACUACACUUAGUUGCAGUUACAUUUUUAAGACCUGGCUACAUGAAUUAUGAGUGAGUGAAGCUCAAGUUCAAAAGAUAACUCCAUCGCUGAUAUCUUUAUAUAAUGCCUGGAUUAUGAUACAUUUAUACUCUGGACAACUGUAUUUAACCAUGUGAAGUAAUGUUUACUUGAUGAUACGUUUUAAAUAAACUGGCCAAUGAUUUUA